AAUGUAAACAAAGUGCGUUAGUAAAGUUACGAUUUGUGGUUACGAUAGAUCGGAUGACAUUUUAUAAAUUUAUCGUAACUUUUAUCAUCCGUGAAGCACAAUCUCUAAUUAACAUUUAUUAUCAUUUUUGCCUUUUGUUUAUUCAUUUCGUGAUAAGGAAUACUAAACAGCUAUGUGUGACGACAUUAGUACAAUAAUUAUUAUUAAACUUCAACACAGUAACAAUUGUUUCAAUGUGAGCGGUACUCCUUAUCAGCAUAAGUUUCGACAAUACAUUUUAGCGGUAGAAUCUCGAAUAUAUUACAUCCCAGUUAAGAAAAAAUGUAUUCUCAGAGAAUAAGCCAAAUUUGGCAAUUCCAAAGUCUACAUAGUGGACUACGGUUCAGUCAUGCACAAGCUAUUAAAGCUGAUAUUCAGCGUAAAACGAUAAAUAAAGUAUUAAUAGCAAACAGAGGUGAAAUAGCAUGUCGGGUUAUGAGAACUGCAAAAAAACUAGGUUUAAGAACAGUUGCAGUCUAUUCUGAAGCUGACAAAAAUGCAAUGCAUGUGGAAAUGGCAGACGAAGCAUAUCAUAUAGGUCCAGCUGCUUCAUCACAGAGCUACUUAAAUGCCGCAAAGAUUAUAGAAGUAGCAAAAAAAUCAAACAGUCAGGCAAUACACCCAGGCUAUGGAUUCCUAUCAGAAAAUGUGGAGUUUUGUGAAAGAUGUGCCAAUGAAGGUGUUAUAUUCAUUGGUCCACCCACAUCUGCUAUCAGGGAUAUGGGUAUUAAGAGCACAUCAAAAGCCAUAAUGGCAAAAGCCGGAGUGCCUAUUGUAAAAGGGUAUCAUGGUGAAAACCAAAGCAUUGAGUUUUUACAGGCUGAAGCUAAACGGAUAGGGUUCCCAUUGAUGAUUAAAGCUGUGCGUGGAGGUGGUGGAAAAGGCAUGAGAAUAGCUAUGACGGAGUCGGAAUUUUUGACUCAAUUAGAAUCAGCCAAGCGAGAAUCUCUGAAAUCAUUUGGAGAUGACAAUAUGCUAUUAGAGCAAUACAUAACAGAUCCAAGACAUGUUGAAGUACAGGUAUUCGCUGAUAUGCAUGGAAAUGCCGUUCACUUAUUUGAAAGAGAUUGUUCCGUGCAAAGGCGACACCAAAAAAUUAUUGAAGAGGCGCCUGCACCUGGUUUGUCAGAAGAAACACGCAAAGCAUUGGGUGAUGCUGCCGUGAGGGCUGCUAAAGCUGUUGGUUAUGUAGGAGCGGGAACAGUUGAAUUCAUCUUGCAUAGGAAGACUCAUGACUUCCACUUCAUGGAAAUGAAUACCCGCUUGCAAGUAGAACAUCCUAUUACGGAAAUGAUUACAGGUACGGAUUUAGUAGAAUGGCAACUCCGUGUAGCGUCAGGCGAGCCUCUACCACUAACGCAGGACGACAUAAUCCGUCGCGGGCACGCAGUUGAAUGCCGCAUAUAUGCAGAGGAACCUCGCGCUGGCUUCCUGCCCAGAGCGGGUACACUACACCGGCUUACACAACCCACUGUCGAAGAUAAUGUUCGAGUGGAGACUGGAGUGAGACAGGGACAAGAAGUUUCCGUUCAUUACGAUCCUAUGAUCGCUAAACUUGUUGUGUGGGGGCGUGACAGAAAUGAAGCACUAGCCAAAACACAACGAAAACUUUCUGAGUAUCAAGUAGCAGGCCUUGAAACAAACGUGAACUUCCUCCUGCGGCUGAGCAGUGCGAGCGCGUUCGCAUCGGGCGACGUGCACACCGCGUUCAUUCCGGAGCACGAGGCCGAGUUGUUCCCGCAGAAGGAUCUAGAACUCAGUGAUGAGAACGCAGUCAAAGCGGCUUUGGGACAUAUUCUCAAAUCUCAAUUGGAAAGUUCACCGAACGACACAUGGAAGGGGAUAUCGGUCGCUCCUACCGCCUGGCGUCCGAACUAUCAAUUGCAAAAAACAAUUAACUUGAAGUUUGGCGAGAAAGACGUCAAAGUAACAGUUAAAUACGAGAACACUCCAAACACAUACCAAGUGCGCGUAAACGACGGUGAAUGGCGGAAAGCGGAAGCCUCUAUACAGCAAACGCAACAAGGGCUCAGACUGAUCACAAAAAUAAAUGACAGGACGAGCAAUAUCGGUCUGCUGACGUACGACCGAGAAGUACAUGUAUAUGAUGAGAACGGACAAACGGUAGUUCAUCUACCGCGUCCCAAAUACAGCGAGGCGGCCGGUGCCGGCUCCACACAAACCGCCAACAAUGCUUGUUCCCCCACUCCGGGUGUGUUUGAGAAAAUACUCGUCAAUAAAGGGGAUAAGGUAAUUAAGGGGCAGCCACUUUUCGUGGUAAUCGCUAUGAAGAUGGAGUAUGUAGUGCGUUCACCUCGCGACGGAGUGGUCUCUGAGGUUGCGCCCUUCAAGCAAGGAGAUGCAGUGGGGAAGGGGGCACAAGUCGUUACACUACAGGAAAAUAGCUAGAUAUUAAGCAAUAUUUUGUACAUAAAUAUAUGUUAUU